GCCCGGAGACGCUGCAGCGCGGGAGGGAUCGGGCCGCCCGCUGCGGGCCCCCGUCUCCAGUCCGCAGAGCCAGCCUCGUGGUCCUCGCCCGGGGCCGCCGGCCCGGCCCACCACGGCUGCUCUCCCCGGGAUCCGCCGGGCCGCGCGUCCAGGCAGGGGAUGCUCUCGGCAACCGGCAGCCCCGACCAGCCACGAACCCGCCCCGGGAGAGAGCCCGCCCGCCUGCCCUCCCACGGCUCCUCCCCAGCGCCCCCGGGCUGCGCCCACAGCGGCGGCACGGUAGCGAGCGGAGGCAGAAGGCCACCAGAGCGAGACCCCUGGGCCAUCCGGCAGGGAGGCCGGAACCGACCUAACGAUUCCCUCUCUCCCGCACCGCCCAACGUCCUCCGUAGCCCGAACUCCACCCGAUCCCAAGAGCCGUCAUCUCUGGCCCGGGAGCCGCCGGGACCGUCGUGGACUCUCUCGCGCUCCGUAGGCAGGGACUUCCGCCCCUAACAAAGAUGGCCGCCCACCCUGUCCUGCCCCGCCCUUCGGCUAGUAUCAAAUACCAGAAUAUCUUUCACUUUCGAGUGACUGUUGACAGGAAAUGGCGCCGACUCCGAAGACUGUGGAGCGGAUCAAGUUAGAGUGUCCUCUGCGGCUCGGCUGCCCGCCGGGAGUCGCUGCUGUCCCCAAACUCUGCAAGGAAUUCAGUCCGGAGGACUACGGCGGUGAGGACAUAGUGGAUUUUCUUCGCCGGCUUGAGGAGAGUGAUACCCUGGGCCUGCACCAGAUCCAUGUGGAUGGGAGCAGCGGGCGGCUGCAGCUUUGGCACCAUGAUUACCUCCUGGACCAUUUCUGUGAUGAGGGGAGAACGUCUGGACGGAGUGACAGGGGCAGGGGGGCUGAGGGACUGGGCACCUACUGUGGUCUCCGAAAGUCCUUCCUGUCCCCUCUACAGGGGGCUAAGCCCUGCCCUCAAAGCCCCUCUGCCUCUGCCUCCUUCCCCAGUGGCUCAGACAGCCUGCUGCAGGUGGCCAUGCCCCAGAAGCUCCUGGUCACUGAAGAGGAAGCCAACCGCCUGGCUGAGGAGUUAGUGGCUGAGGAGGAGCGCGUGAAGCAGAAAGCAGAGAAGAAACGACUCAAGAAGAAGCGUCAAAAGGAACGAAAGCGUCAGGAACGCUUGGAGCAGUGUGGCGGGGAGCCCAAGGCCGAGGCCAUCCCAGAUGGGGAUGGGAGCCCCCCAUCCAGCCCCAGGAACCCAACUCAGGGACAGUGUGAUGAGGAAGUGGACUCACUGGAUCUAUCGAGCACUUUUGUGUCUCUGGCUUUGCGCAAGGUUGGGGAUUGGUCCCCCAUUGUCCAAAGAAAGAAGGGACUGAGCCAGGAGCCCCAAGGCAGGAGCCAGGGCCCACAGGAGAAGGUGGGCCAAGAGACUGAGAGUCCUCCAAGAGAGGAGAGUCCAAACACAGAGGCAUCUCCAGGAAUGUUGGCCACGGCCUUACAGCGGAGCCAGGAGCUGGCAAAGUUGGGUACCAACUUUGCCCAAAAUGGUUUCUACCAGGAGGCUGUGGUCCUCUUCACCCAGGCCUUGAAGCUCAACCCCCGGGAUCACCGGUUAUUUGGAAAUCGCUCCUUCUGCCAUGAGCGGCUGGGUCAGCUGGUGUGGGCCCUGGCGGAUGCCCAGGUGGCCCUCACCCUGCAGCCUGGCUGGCCCCGGGGCCUCUUCCGCCUGGGCAAGGCCCUCAUGGGCCUGCAGUGCUUCAGUGAGGCAGCUGCUGUGUUCCAGGAGACUCUGAGAGGUAGCUCCCAGCCUGAUGCAGCCCGGGAGCUCCACUCUUGCCUUCUCCAGCUUGCUCUGCAGGAUCAGCGAGGAAGAAGCCGUAGGCAACCUCUGUUGCCCGAGUUCCCCCAGCCAUUUCCCCAUGCUGAGCCAGGGGCCCCCAGCCUGCUCCCUCUCAGACCCCCUCAAAUCACUGCCCCCAGGGCCACUGGUCUUCUAACUCUACCUUUGCAUUAUCCCCCAUGUCACCUGAGCCCCCCAAACUGGACCUUCCCCCAGGCUCAGAAUAGAGGACCCCGUCCUCUGCAUCUCCAGGGUCCCUCAAAGGGGUCUACCUCAGGACAGGUGAGGGAGGACCUGUCUGUCCUUCAGGGGAAGGCCGUGUGUGCAUCCCGCAGGCAGGGCCACCCAGGUGGCAGCAGUUCACCGCAUCUUUCAAGACCUUGUGUUCUAAAGCCAUAGUGAAGGGCACCCUUGGCGGACAUCCCUCUUGCCACAGAGAACCCCCUGAUGACAGAAAGAAGCCCACAUCCACUGAGACAUCCUUUCCCGGGUUCUCAAGCAGAUGGCUUCUGCUGGGGACCAUAAGGAAAACUAAAGUCCUCCAGGGCGCAAGAGAAGUUCAGAUUUUUAGCUCUAUUGGACCCAGCAAGGUGGCAUCUUCAGGUUUGCUUGGCUUCUUGGCCCUGUGGGAUUCAUUCACCAGCCAGAGCUCUGUGCUGAAAGGGGUCAUGGAUGAGUAUGGCCUGCUUCUCCCCUUCAGCUUGCUGGAUGCUCAGUUUCUUCCUAACCCCAGUGCUUGCCCUGUUUCUUCCAGCUCCAACCCCUAGUUUGCUCCCAGCCCCUCAUGUCCCAUUUCCUGUGUCUCUGGACAGACUCUGGCCUCUCCUUUGCCCGGGGUUGGAUGCUCACCUCCUCCCCUGCUAGAGGCUUCAUCCAGGGUUUGCGUUUGGGAAGCCCCUUAGCAGCCCCUGCCUGGAGCAGACAGAGCCCUUACACCCCACAGUCCCCACUGUGCCUCUCCUGCUGAAUGGCACCCUGGGAGGUGCCCAGGCUGCCACCACCUUUAGGGGCCACCCUCUUUCUCCAUCCCGGUUCUGGGUAUCAUCAGUGUCACAUAGUCUUUCCCCCUGUGAAUUUAUCCAUAGUUUUUCCACCAAAGGUCAUUGCCCCAAAUAACGCUAUAAUUCUUUAUUUCCUGCUUAAGAAUCAUGGCCUCCCUUUGGUUUGUCUUCUAAGACCCUUGGCAGCUGUCAUUGGCUGGUUCCUCCCUAGCCCUGCUUGGGACUCUCAGCUCAUUUAAGUGUGGGUCUGUGGGGGGCUUUUAGGCACUCAGAAUUUUUCCCAGAGGGGUCAUCUGGAUAAACAAUUCUUGCUGCUUUGUGGGACUUGCUCAACACUGUUCAUGCCUGUAGACAGGGUGCUGAAAACACCUUUGUAUAGGACCUUGCCAACUUCUUUUUCUUGUUUUAUGGUGUGGGCCCUUUAAUGUUGCCAGCAGGAUGAACAUCAGUUUUGGAGUCUGCCAUUUACUAGCUGGGUCACCUUGGGCAGGUAUCAGCAUCUGAGCCUCAGUUCCCUCAUCUGUAAAAUAGGGAUAGUCCCUACCUCACAGGGCUGUUGUGAGGACUGAACAAGAACAUAUGGGCCGACGUCUACCAAGAGGUGCACGCAUAGUGGGUGCUAAAUAAAUGGAUUUUUGUCUGCAAUUGUCAUCCAUAUUCUUG